UCAAUUUUGGAUUUUCCAAUCAGUCAACAUUACUUUGAAUUUGAAUUUUCGACGAAAAAAUUGGAAAAAUCCUGACCAAAUAAAAUGGCCAAUCAAACAUCAAAUAAGCAAAUUGUUCUGGUUACCGGAUCUAGUGGCUGUCUUGGUCAACAUGUUGUCCGUCUGCUACAUGAACAAGAUGAUUCGGUGCAGGAAAUUCGUUGCUUUGAUUUGAAACCAUUUUCAAACAAUCUAAAGCAUAAAAUAACGAAAGAAAUGCAAAUCAUAACCGGAGAUAUACGUAAUGAGAAACAAUUGAAAAAUGCAAUGACUGGUGUGAAUGUAAUAAUACAUUGUGCAGCACUGAUCGAUUUGAAUUUUCAGCCAAACCUCAUGGAAAUGCAGUCAGUCAAUGUUGAUGGCACACAAAAAUUAUUGGAAAUGGCAAUCGAAAAUAACGUUGAAUAUUUUAUUCAUAUUUCCGGUACCGAAGUGAAUAUUGGUAAUGAUCCUAUUUAUUAUAGUUCAGAGAAUACCAUCAUUAUACCGAAAAAACCAUUAUUGAAUCCAUAUGCCAAAACUAAAGCUGACAGUGAAGAGUUGAUUAAGGAAUUCAAUGGCCGUCAACUAUCGAAUGGUAGUGAACAAUUGAAAACAGUAAUCAUACGGCCAAAUCUAAUGUAUGGGGAAGAGGAUAAUCAUUUCAUUACAAAAAUAUUAUCCAUCACUAAAGCUAAUUCUGGUCAAUUACGUCGCAUUGAUAAUGUAUUCACUCGUAUGCAACCAGUUUAUGUGGGUAAUGUUGCUUGGUCAUGUUUGAAAGCUAAAAAGCGUUUGCAAAUCGAUCCGAAAAUUACUGGCGAAGAAUUUAUCAUCACUGAUGAUACCAAAAUAGUGGAUCCAUUCGAAUUUUUGGAACCAUUCAUCAAUGCACGUGGAUAUCAACUGACAAAACGUUCAUAUCCAUAUUGGUUAUUUAUAAUGUUAUUUACAUUAUACUGUUGGCUAUAUCGAAACUUUGCUAAUAUAUUGCCAAUCCGAAUACCAGACUAUUUAACACCACAAACUAUUCAAUUCAUUUGUAAUACAUAUUUUUUUAAUCGUACCAAGGCUAUUUUACGCCUGGAUUAUGAUCCAUUAUAUGAUCAUGAUGAAUCGAUUAAUCGCAGUUUGCAAUACUAUCAAAAAUGUUCCAUUUGAAUUCUUUCAAUCAGUUACACAAUUCACUUAUUA